AUGAGUCUGACUUCCUGGUUCCUAGUGAGCGGAGGGGGGACGCGUCAUCGUCUCCCCAGGGAGAUGAUCUUUGUGGGGAGGGACGACUGUGAGCUCAUGCUGCAGUCCCGCAGUGUGGACAAACAACAUGCUGUCAUUAACUACGAGCCGAAUACAGAUGAACAUAAAGUGAAGGACCUGGGCAGUUUAAACGGGACAUUUGUCAAUGAUGUCAGAAUACAGGAGCAAAUGUAUGUCACAUUGAAAAUUGAUGACAAAUUGAGGUUUGGAUACGAUACCAACCUGUUCACUGUGGUGCGAGGAGAACUACAUAUUCCCGAGGAGGCCCUCAAGCAUGAGAAGUUCAGCAUCCAGCUUCAGCUGAACCAGAAGAGGCCUACAGAGGUGGAGUCAUCUAAGUCAGAGAAACCUUCUGAGGCAGCAGAGGGAGCCACAGCCAAACCCUCUGAGGUCAGCAGGGUGGAGGAAAGAACACCAGGGGAUGUAGCACAGUUGCACAGGGGUACGCCCCUCUAUGGCCAGCCUGCCUGGUGGGGAGAUGGAGACACUGAGAACAAACACUCUGGGAGGCCCGACGAAAAGAAAGACACCAAGAAAAGCACAGAGAUCCCAAAAUCUGCCCAGCCAACACCCUCAAAUCAGGAGCCGAGCUACUUUGAGAUCCCAACCAAGGAUACUUCCUCAGCAGGUAAAAUGAUUGGUGAGGCCCCCUCACGAGAACAAGAGGCUGGUGCUUCUUCUGCUGCAGAACCCAUCCAUGGCCAUGCUUCUUUUACUAUUGAGUUUGACCCUGGGGCAGGUAAAGCGACGGUCAAAGAUCGAGUGGCUAAGGUGGGACCAGAGACCAGGCCACGUCCUAAGAGGGGCACAGGGGAGGAGCUGAGUCCACUUCAGACAGCCAUGGUAGCAGCGGAGGUUAAAGUUGCAGAUUGGUUGGCCCAGAAUGAGUUGCCAUUGGCUCUCAAAGAGACAGUCGCAGAGGAUGACGGGGAAAGUGUGAAGAGCGAUGUACCUGUGCAAAUGAGGAGUCUUAAAGGUGUCAAACAUGAAGAUGGUACACAGAGUGACUCAGAGAACGCACUUGGGGAGCAGCGCAGGGCUGCGGCUCUGGAGGAGCGCUCAUGGGGACUUUGGGGCGGUCCAGGGAUGAAGAUCAGAGAGGGCCGUGCUAACGUACCAGAGGGGCUCUUUGCAGAGGAGGACAGUCCUGCGCGCCGUCGCAAGUCUUCAACUUCCAAAGUGGGAGGUGGAUUUGUGGAGAGGCGACGUGGCUCGGCACCACAUCAGCAGAGUAGUCGUGAUGAGUGCUAUCACCAUGGAGAUGACUAUAGUGACAGAGGAACCUACACAAUUGAGAUAGAGAAUGGAGAUCAUGAAGAGGAGGAGGCUAGGAAAAUGAUUGACAAAGUGUUUGGUGUGGAUGAGCAGGAGGCUGUGUGUGUGACGAGGCUAGGGAGUACUGAUCAAAGAGAGAGGCUCACCUCCCAGAGAUCUGGUACCAGGGACAGAGGAAAGCCGGGACGCAUGGAAACAGAGGUCUUGUCUGAGGAAUUGGUGGUGGGUGGUCCACGCUGGGUCUCACAAUGGGCUACACUAGCUGCCAGCCACAUUAGGACGGACCCUGAAGGAUCAGGCGGUGAGAGUCACCCCUUGGUCACAGAGGACAGAGCUGAAAUAAGUGAGUCCAGCCACUCCUUUGCCUCGUCUGGCUACACAGAGCGCAAGAGGAGAACCCUUCCCCAGCUGCCUGGUGAGGAGGUUGCCCUAGGGAGGAGGACCCCAGGUUCAGGCGUGCGUUCAGAUAUGGAGAAACAGGACACAGAGCUACAAGAGAAGGAGAACCAGGGUGAGAAGAUGGCCAGGGGGAAGAAUCGGCCUGGUCACAGUACAGGGGGUGUGGGCAGCCCUAGUCGUUCUUCACCAGCCAAGUCACAGGACAGUGGUGGUGGGAGAUCAGGCCAGCCAGGUGUCUUGGCCAAGCUACCCCCUCGUCCAAUGACCAGUGGGGAGAAAAGAAUGGAGGAGUCACGGAGGAGGAAAAAAGAAGAGGAGAAGGCCAGAGAAACUAGUGGAAAACCACUGUUGAGGCAAGAGAGUUUUACUGUGGAGAAACCAAGCUCCAAUGUGCCCAUUGAGCUCAUACCACGUAUUGAUGGGCUCACAGGUAGCAGAACUCAGAGCAGGGAGGCUGGCAUCGACAGUACGACACUGCAGAAAGACUCUGAGGCUGUUGCAGCUUUUUUAGAGACCACUGUAUCAGACCAAGGUGAUCCACCAAGUCAGUCCAUCGAAGGCUCCAUGUCACCAGAGUCAGAUGUGGAUACAACCAGCACAGUAAGCCAGGCUGAAGGAGCAAGGAAGGUCCAGAAACGCCGGAUGCUUGCAGGACAGCAGAAGGAGAAAACAGUUGUGUGUUCAUCCAGCAGAAGUUCCACUGUUGGCCGAGAGACACAAGACAGGAGGGUCAAGACUAGAACAUCUGGUCCUCAGAAGCCCAGCCAUCCCUGGACAUCUCUGGACCUCACUGAUGAUGACAUCAACUCCAACUCACUCCUCUCCGACUCCCAGCCCACCUCCACACAGGAAUCUAGAGGCUCUCAUGCCAAAUCCCAGGCAGGGAGCACAACAGUUGGGGCCAGCACCAAAUCUAGUCGGGCUAAGGUCGCCCAGGUGCCUGCUUCCACUGCAGCCAGUAAGGCAAACAAUGUCCCCAAGCCCAGGCCCACCAGGGCAUCCCUGCUGAGGAGAGCCCGGCUAGGGGACUCAUCUGACACUGAACCUGCUGAUUUUGACCGGAUGUCAGUGGCCUCUGAGGCCUCCACUGCUAGUUCCACCUCGAGGACAGGGAUGGCAAAGAGGGGAAUGUCCAGAAUAGAAGCUCUGGCACAGCCGAGGAGACCAAGAGUAGGCUCCCCAUCUGCCCAGAGUGACUCAGAAGCCACUGUGACAAGAAGUAGAGGUUUCGGGGCCCGGAGCGCUGCAGGUGAUUAUGCCAUCAGACAAGGUUUCAGAGGGUCAAAUGUGACCUCAGUGUCUGGACCCAGAGCCAGGGCUAACAGUGCCUCCAAGCUGCCUGACAAAAAUAAAGGCUCCUCCCCAUAUGGACAUGUCACACCUGCAUCUGGCACUCGGUGGCGCCGGGUACCCGUGGAGUAUGCCUCCACCUCAGAGGACGAGUAUGGCUCAAAUCGUCACACAUCCAAACAGGGCAACACACGGCCAUUCCCCUCUACUCGGGUAGCCCAGCUGGGAGGUUCAGCCCCAGCUACUCCUAGUCCUACAGGACUGGCUGCCCUGAAGCAGAACUCCAGGGAACAGGACGAGUAUAUGAGAGACUGGACAGCACACAGUGAAGAAAUAGCCAGGAUUAGCCAAGACCUAGCCAAAGACCUAGCCAUGCUUGCCCGAGAGAUUCAUGAUGUAGCUGGAGAGAUCGACUCAGUCAGUCCUGCAGCCACCGAUCCUGGAGCUUUGUUGGAGGAGCGUGUCUUUGAUGACAGCUUGGACGUGGGUGGUCCCUCCACAGAUCACAGCAACAUUCUUAGAACCAAUGGGCAGUCGGUUGAGCUCCGACCCAGGGGCUCUAGUGGACAGGGGCCCCGGUCCAUCCGACGACAGACAUGGAACAGAGAUGAUGCGAUCCUAGACAGUUUACUACUAGCAUCUGUGAAUCAACUGUCAACUAGGAUACGUCAAUCUGUUGACAAAACAACCUGCAAAAUCAGGAUCCUUUUCAAGGAUAAAGAACGGAAAUGGGAAGAGAUUGAGAACAAACUGCAGGCAGAACAUGACUCCUUACUACUCAAGAGCUCCAACAAGGAGAUUUCAACCAUUAUUCAAGACCUGAAGAGAGUGGAAAGACAACUGCUUGUCAUUGAUAUGAUGGUGGACCCAGAUGGCACCCUGGAUGCACUGUCAAAUCUGGGCCUAACCAGCCCUUUGACCGACCAGAAGAUUAGUCUUGGGACCCAGCAGGGGGCGUCAGUGCUGCAUCCUGGAGCAGAGGCUUCUUCCAGCACACCCUCAGCCUCCAAGCACGAAGGAACCACCACUGAACCGCAGGCACCUUCAGACCAUGCGCAGGUGGCAGAGCGAGACCCAGCACCAAAACAUAGCUCAAGACGCACUUGA